AUGAUGCACAGUCGCGCGACGCCGACGCUGGUGGUCACCAUUGUGUUCUUCGUGCUUGCUUCGGUAUUCGUUGCUUUGCGGUUUGUGUCCCGCGUCGGUAUUGUGCGCAAGGUAGUUUCGCAUGAUUAUUUGAUUCUGUUGGCUUGGGUACUCGACUUUGGCUUCGUGUUUGCUGUAUGCUACGGCACAACAAAGGGUCUCGGAUUACACCAGCAAAAUGUUGCGUCCUCAUCGAAUGCGGCUCUGAAUACGAGUGAAUAUGUCGCGAAUGUACUAUAUAACCCUGUUCUGAUGGUCCUGAAAACGUCAAUCCUCACAUUCUACCUCUUCCUGUCCAAAACGAACAAGAUAUUCCGAUGGGCAAUAUUCGCAACCAUCCUCGUCGUCAACGCUGCCGGCAUCGCCUUAACCAUGGUUAAUAUCUUCCAGUGCAACCCAGUCAGCGCAGUAAUCUGGUUUCCUGCCGACGGAAAUGCAAAGUGCUUCAGCAUAGUCACGAUAUAUCUCUCCUCGGCACCCGUCAAUCUUAUAACGGAUAUCACGAUUUUCUUCCUGCCACUACCGAUUUUGACACAAUUGCGUCUUCCGCGGAAGCAGAAACUUAUAUUGAUUAUCACGUUCAGUUUUGGGUUUUUCACAGCGGUUGUCGACGUUAUACGAGUCGCAUACUUGCAAAGCGCAGCGACGUCGAAUGCGACAGAGCAAAUGGAUGGGUUCAGUAAUGAUGGAAACUCAAAAUACCAUCAGGAUUUUUCAUGGUACGGAGCAUUUACGUUCAUGUGGUCUGCUGUUGAGAUCAAUGUUGGUAUUAUUUGUGCAUGUGUACCGAGUUUGAAGCCGUUGGCUGCGCGUCUACUCCCCAGAUUGAUCAAGGGCUCCACGGAAUCAUCCAGCUCACAACUUGGAAGUGCAGUCAGACCAAACUUCCCCCGCGCCGAGACUGCCCCAUUGGCAGUUCCUCAAAUUCAGAACCCGCCGGCUAGUCGUAUGGCUCCGAGGGCUUAUACAGACCUGGGACCUGCGGCUGCAUCGCUGCCACUCAAUAGUCCAUCGCGAGAAUUGCUGGAAAUGUCUGAUUUUUUGGCCAAUUCUGGCCCUGGUCCUAGCGAGGAUACCGAAAGCAGCGCAGCGACCUAUCCUUCUCCUCCAUUGCAUGUAUCGACAUUCUUCGAUUUUGUCAAUCUCAAAAAACCGAAGAGCAUGCUCGCAAUGAGUAAAAAAGAAUCUAUACCCCCCCUUGCCUUGACAACAAUACUGUUUUUCCUAUGGGGAAUUGGCUACGGCUUUCUAGACAUUUUGAACGGUCAAUUUGGGCAGAUCACUGGAAUCAGUACAUGGGGCUCUUUAGGUCUCCAUGCGGCUUAUUACGGAGGCUACCUCGUCAGUCCUCUUACUAUAGGGCGGUGGAUACUCAAAAGAUGGGGUUUCAAGUCGACUUUUAUCGCAGGACUGUUCAUAUAUGCCUGUGGUGCGCUUAUCUUCUGGCCAUCUGCCGUCUUGUCAUCUUUCCCGCCAUUCGCUAUCUCCAAUUUCAUCGUUGGCUGUGGCUUUGGUGUUCUCGAAACAGCGGCAAACCCCUUUAUAUCGCUAUGCGGACCGCAGGAAAAUGCCGAGAUUCGUCUUAAUCUUUCACAGGCAAUUCAAGCCACUGGAAGUGUUCUCUCGGCAGUUCUUGCGGAGAAGGUCCUUUUCAGAUCCGUCACAAGUGCGGCUAAGUUGGUUAGAUUUCAAUGGACGUAUCUUGCCAUCGCACUGUUUGACCUGCUUCUUGCCGCGGCAUUUUACUACCUACCAGUACCAGAGGCCACAGAUGAGGAUCUGCAGGAACUAGCCGAUCAGAGAAAAGACGACGUUACAGCACGAGUCUUUGGCCUGCCUGUCGUCUGGGUUACUUUUGGGCUUGCCGCAUUUUCGCAAUUCUGGUAUGUUGCCAGCCAAGAAGUUCUUGUCUUUAGCUUCCCGGACUACGUGCAGGCGCAACUUCCGAAUGGAAGCAGUGGUCUCACACCUUUUGACUUUUUGCUGCUUGGUCGCGGUCUGUUCGCUCUUGGCAGGUUCGUUACGGCGCUCACAAAUCUUCUUUUCAAACCGCGAUGGAUCCUGUUGGUAUCGUAUAUUGGUUUGAUCGCGUUUGCCGUACUUGCCAAAGAACUGCAUGGUAUGUCUGGUGUGGUAAUCGGGUUGAUUCUGUUUUUCUUUCAAAGCGGCGUGUUCAGCAUCACCUUUGCCAUGUCCCUCCGCGGUAUGGGCAGACAUACCAAGACAGCCGGUGCCAUAAUGGCUACAACUAUAUCCGGCGGAGCAGUCUACCCUUUUUUUCAAGAAAUUGCUCGAAUUGAUAACCACGGCAGCGUCCCAUCGUCCUAUGUUGUGCUAGCUGUGGGAUAUGCGGCUGCUGCUAUCUUCCCGUUGUAUCUAAUGCUCGUCCCGCAAGCGAAGAAGCAGGUUGAUCCAGUGUUGAACGACUAUCUACAUCGUCGAUUGACACUCCGCGGUCAGCCAUCAAGACGCAAGAAUCGUGGAGGCACCGAGAACGGUAACGGCAACGGUCGCGACACCCCAAAUCACAAGGGAGAUCACUACUCCCUCGGAGGCGUUCUGUCGCGACCACGCAGUCUCAUGGAUGAGCCUCUGUCCACAAUCGAUUUCGAAACAGCGCAACCCGCACCAGGCGUGAGCGUACAUGACUUAGCUUAUGAGCAUGAUCAUACAUGA